AGAAGAAUUUUUCUAUGAAACUGAAUUUGACUAACGCUCUCUGGCCCAUAGUGAUUGUACUGAAGUGUAUAUUAAUGCAAACAGGAAUGUGUGUUUUCCGAGGGAAGAGCCUAAGGGGGGUUUGCGUGUCCGUGCGCUGUGCGCGUAUGUAAGCUCUGAAAAACUGGUUGGAAACUCUCACAGAUGUUCUCUGAGUUUCUGAGCAGCGCUGGGAUCCUUCGAUUGUGCUUUUUCGGAAUCUGCGACGGGAGAGGCAGAAAUCUGCAGCUGAAAUCCGAGGCUUUCAAGCAGAUCUGUGAACACUUUCAUGCCCGUGAAGGACCUUCCACAUCCGAACACUCCGCCUCCCUGCGGCCCACACUCCCGCUCGCUGCCACAUCACUACAGCCCUAUUGAUAGUCUUUUUCGCCUCCAGCAGAGGGCAGCUGUUCCCGGGUUGCGGGGGGCGUCAAGAGAAUGGAUUCCUGCCAAAGCCCAACCGGAGUCGAGAAGAGAUGAAAGCGGGAGGGGAGGAGAACGUGGGUGCCCCAUCGGUGGAGCCAGUAGGGCUCCUCGAAGAAGGCGGGAUGGAGAGGGCAGGACUGUAAAGGGAGCAUCCCUGGUGGAGAGCAGCCGAAUUCUUCCUCGUCACGGAGAAAUGAGGUGCUCUCCGGCACGUCCGCACAUUUGACUAUGGACGGUCCAGGUAUCCGGGCGUCGAAUUCCACAUAAAAUUCCAAAGACUCUGGAGGGUGUUUUAAGUUGUAAAGAAGCAGCUAGAAAAAGAUGGCCAAUUUUAAAGGUCAUGCUCUUCCUGGAAGUUUUUUCCUUUUGAUUGGCUUGUGGUGGUCAGUGAAAUACCCAUUCAGGUACUUCUGUCAAAGGAGGAAAAGCAUUUCUCUUGGUUCAAAGGCAGGAUUUCAACGUUUAGAAUUUACUGAGGGCAUAAUCAAGGUUGUCUUUGCUCUUAUUGGUAUGAUGGCAGAGCAGUUUGUUCCUGAUGGACCUCAUUUGAAGCUAUAUAAUUAUGAAAAAAAGCAGUGGAAUUACUUAAUGAAUUGGCAGCAUGCAACCAUGUACCUCUUCUAUGGCAUCUCAGGACUAGUGGACAUUGUGACUCACAGCACAAAUGUAUUACCUGAGGCCUUAGACCGAAUGAUGCUCUCACUUGCUGUUUUUGUGGAAGGUUUUCUAUUUUAUUAUCACAUCCAUGGGCGUUCCAUGUUAGAUUUUCAUGUUCAUCAGUUGCUUUUAAUAACUAUAUUUGGAGGUGCCAUCUGCAUAUUCUUGGAAGUCUUUUUCCACAAUAGCAUUGUUCUUGAGAUGUUCCGAACAAGUCUUUGCAUAUUGCAAGGAAGUUGGUUCUGGCAGAUUGGAUUUGUCCUUUACUCUCCAAGUGGAAGUCCAGAAUGGAGCCAAGUGGAUCACAGUAAUAUCAUGUUUCUCACCAUGUGCUAUUGCUGGCAUUAUGCAAUUAUACUUCUUAUCAUGGCAGUCAAUUAUAUUCUAGUCAGCUGGGUGGUUCGUACCAAAAUAAUGCAAGUCCCAUCCAUGGAAAUCGGAUUGCUGAAAACAUCUGAGCGAGAACAGGAGUCAGAAGAUGAAAUUUAAUUCUACAGAAACAUUUUCUCAUAGUUCACUUUCUAUUUUAGUAUUUCUAGUCCCUAGUGAUUCUAUUUUUUCAUUAUUUAGUCUUAUACAAUUUAAACAUUAAUUUAUGAAUGUAUUAUGGCAUUGUUUUUCUCAAUUGAAGUAGAAACAAAUGACAUUGUAGCAUCUCAAAUGAGAAUCAGUUCUGGCUAUUAACAAAUGGUGGAUCCACUCUUUCAUUGUUCUUGGAUAAAGUGGGAAAUUUUCACAUAUUUUUCAAACACCAGAUGCAAUGUAGCAGAAAAUAGGAUAUUUAUUAAAAUAGUAAAAUUAAUCAAUUAUACAUUAUCACUAUUUAUAAAUAUAAAUAAUUUCUAGGAUAGAUUUCAAAUUUAUAUUUGUAAAUGUAUUGCUUUGUUUCUUAUUUUUUUUAUUUUUGUAAUUAUUUAUUAUCAAAGAAUACAAAAAGCCAGAUAUUUUGUUUCAGCAAAUAAUGAUUUCCACAAAUUACUCUGUAUAUUACUUUGCAUAUGAGAAUUACCUACAGCAGAGUUGGCUUAUUUUUAUAAAAAGAAGAAGAAAACUAUAAGGUCAAAGUAUAUUUCAGAUGAUUUCUGUAUUUUGAAUUCAUUCAGUGCAAAGACUCACGCCAUGUUUCAAAUCCCUAUUUUGCAAUGAUGCUUAUGCAAACCUUGGAUAAGAGAUUCACUGGGUUCAAGAUUCACAUUAUGAAGCAAUUUUCUCCAAGUCAUUAAAGCACCUGUGCAAGGCACUUCUGGUGUGCUUGUCUAUGUGUCCAAAAAGUCAUCAUUGUGUUGUGACCACGCAAUCACAGCCCACCCCUUUUUUAUAUAUAUCACAGAAAAUUUUGCUGCACAUAGAACUUAUGAAUCACUGUCAGAUAGGAUCACAGCUGGUAUUUUUUGUGACUUGGAGAUAAGUAUAGCUGUACAAAAUGUGAAGAGGAUUUGACUGCAGACAGUGUGUUUUUGACAAGUAAACCAAAAAUUGUUAUUUGUAAACAAAUGCUAACAUACCUUUGCAGUGUUGUAGGAUGGUGAACAUGUUUAGAAUACUGUGUUUAUACAGAGCCCAGAGCCUUCAUUUGCUUUUAGUGAUAAGUGAUUGCUUAAACUGUUUUACUUUAAGUUUCAAUUCAUGGGUAUCUGUAGAGGCAGGGACAGUGACACAAUAAGCCAUCACUCCUUGAAGCAAAUGAUGCAAUGUGACAUCCUUGUGUUCCAUUACAACCAUUUAUAUCAUUACAUCACCCUGUUCAAAAUGCCUAUCUUUCAGUGAGUACUCCAGUUGGGAAAUCCACUCAAAUAUUGACCCAGCCUAAAUAUCAGAUUGCCUUUUUUCUCCUUGGGUUCAUGUUUACAAAGAGCUUCUAUUCCCUGUAUCUUUUCCCAGCCAGUCACUGUUAACUAUCAAUUGUAGCUCCUCUUCCACCAUCACUCCCUACCCAGCCAUGGGCAUCUACAGGCAUUGCCUGAGUCACCUUCACCAAGUCAAAGAUGUAAAUUUUAUUUAUUUAUUAUUAAAUUUUUAUGUCACUCAUCUCACUGACAGGUACCCUGGGCAAAAACUAUACACCAUAGACUUGCUUAUUUGUGCUCUUUGUUAACACAGAUAAAAAGCAAUCCGUUGUAGGCAAUCUUCCCUCUCUCCCCAAUAUUUAGUAGAUGCCUUUUAUCUUUUCUCAGUUUGGCAUUUUAAUAUCAUCUCUGCAUAUUGCGAGAAGGACUCUGCAAGAAUUCUAUUUAUCUGAAGUAAUAUGACAUGAAACAAUGCUCAGGAAAGACUACAGGAUAUGUGCCUUUAGCUUUAACUUACAGUACAUACUCAGGUUAGAAUAUCUAAUUUGAGAUAAAACAUUACGAAUGUUAAUGUAAUUAAAAUAUGUAUAUUAUGUGUAUCUUUUUUUCAACAAUUAUACAUUUGAAGAACUUUGUGGUUUUAUAUGGAAUACAAAAAUGGCAAAUUUUCUAAUUCAGGAGUAAGGAUAAUCCUCUCAGCUGAUCAUAGGUGGUUCAAGUCCUUUAAAAUUAUCAAUAGUUAUUAGGUUUUAAUAAUAUUUCAAUGUAUUAUAGUGUAUGUUGAAAUAAAAAGUUUUAGUUUAUUUUGAAGUAA